AUGUCGGAUAAAGCAGCUCGGAGCUACACUCAUGCAUCAAAUCGUGCAAAGGCACGGGCAACCGCAGAGCGAAAAGACGUUUAUAAAAGUGUCCUUGAAAAUCCAUUCCGAAUACAAUGGCCCUCAAUCCCAUCAAACGCGCAAAACUUGUUCCUCGCGACACUCGUAACCACUUUGGAAAGUGCGGCAAGGAGCGGAAAUCGAAAAUCUUUCAAGGCAUACACUAGGAAAGCUCUACCCCGCUCGGAAAUUGCAGAUUCAGUGGAAGGAACAAACCCGAGCCUAGACUCGAUAGUAUGUUCAAAACCCUCUGCAUGUGCCGUGGGUUCCACUCCUUCACCAUCUCCGGCCGUUAGUAAACUUGCUCCGUCGGGCCACAUGACCAUCGGCAUUAACGAAGUGACAAGGAGACUGGAAUCGCAGUUGAAGUCUGUCCGACACUCGGUUACACUCACUACCACCUCUCAUGCCAAUCCAGUAGUCCCCGACAUUUCUCCCGUUUCUGCGGUCUUUGUGUGCCGUGCCGACGUUAAUCCUCCGAUCUUAUUGGAUCACAUCCCUCACCUUGUGGCAGGAUGCAACUCUACACGCCCCGGAUCUAACCCUCUAGAAGCUCGACAGCCCCUGAAAUUGAUCGUCCUACCAAAGGGCUCAGAGUCCGCACUUGCGCAGGCGCUUGGUCUGAAAAGAGCGGCCGUAAUAGCCGUUCAUGAUGAUGCCCCGUAUUUACCGAUUUUUCGCGAUAUGCUUAAAUCUGUACCUGUAAUCAGCGCACCUUGGCUUGUGCCUCCAGUCCAGCCUAAUUCUCCGAAAUGCUUGAUUCCCACUCAUAUCAAACAACUCCGCACCACUGCGCCCAAAGAUAUGAAAGCUGCAAAAGAACAAAGGGCAAAAGCAAGAGUUGCAGCUAAGAAGAAUGGUGUAAAACCCAGGCCCAAGAAAUGUCUCCUUACGACAGCAAAACCAGAUGCAUAAACCCGCGAUACACAACAUCAUGCCCCAUGUAUUGCUGUUGGUUAUGUCCACCGUUCUCUUACUGGAGCCUUGCAUUAAUUUCAAGUAGCAGUUCUGUUGCCAUCACUGCCCAGACAAUACGAAGGAUUGAGUGUGUCAUUUGACAGAAGUCAAGCACUGGCAGUACAUGGGUCUAUGCGUUCUAUUCAGUCCUCGUAGUGCAUUAAUCUAUCCAAAUACACGAAAAGGAUAUUGUUCUAAGCCCUUCGCUAAUGGCGGGAAAAGUCAAUAAUAUGUACCAUGUCCA